CACCAUCACUGAAGCCCGGCCAAGCCUCGUCGUCCGCAGCGCGCGGCUGUCUCUGUGGACGCGCUGAGCUCAUCGUGUAGCCUCGGCCCGCCCCUGUGCCCCGACUGGGCGUGCUGAGCAGCGCAGACGAGGCACGGCUGCUUGCGACCUGCGACGCUGAGCAUGCCGAGCAGCGAGGGGCAGGAGGCGGUCCCUGGCGGCGAGCGGGCGCAGACCGACGAGCGCAAGCGCCUGCGUGCGCUCGAGCGCGACCCAUACAACCGCCUGCGCUCCAUCGUCGCCGACGCACAGCUCGUCGAGAGCGUCGCGGCGCACUUUGCGGACCUGCCCGUCGUGCCGAAUCUGCGCUGCGGGGCGUGGUACGUCGACCCGUCGCGCCACGCGGCCAAGGGCUGCUACUUCAAGAGCACCGACGGGCACACGCACAACUGGGGCUUCAGCCUCAAGCGGCCCAACCUGCAUCUUGCAGAGCUCUGCCUCGAGCGUGGCGGCGCCCUCGUGGUGGACUCUACACGCCGCGGCAAGUCGAUGCCCGACGCCCUCUCGAAGACGGUGCCCAUCUGGUGUGCCGUACUCAACGAGGCGUCGCGCCAGAGGUACGGCGAGCCUGCGCCGGCGUCGCCGCCGCCGCCAUGCCAGCAUCGCAGUCCAGGCACACUGCGCGUGCCCUCGCACAUCGUCUCGCCGUCAGAGGAAGCGCAGAUCGCCGAGCGGAUAGCAGGCUGGGUCGGCGACCUGCUGUCCUCUGCGCUGCCUGUGCCUCGGCUUCGCGCGCCGCUCGUGCCCUUCUUUUGCUCGCCGCAGUUUGCCGAUCCGGCUCUAUCGUGCUCAGCGGGCUCGCUAUGCGCGCUCGCCGCGGGUCGGUGUCUCCGAGUCGUGCUCCUCUCCGCCAGCUGGCCAGUCUCAAUCGCGCCUGUCACAGACGGCGGCAGCAGCUCGAGAGGGCCAUCGUGCUGGGAGCAAGCUCCUCACACGGCCAAUGCCUUCGACGACAAUCCCUUCACCUACGUGCAAGGCAGCGGAGACGAUGAGGAGGCCUGGGCGACGGGCCUGUCGCCGGCGCUGCUCUGGGCACACCGAGACGAGAUCCUGCGCAGCCGCGCCGACUGCCAGGACGCCAUCGGCACAAUCGUCCAGGCUGAGCGCCUGCGAGUGCGGUCGCACACCCUGCUGCAGCAGGUGCAGCCGGCGCCGAUCUGGCUGCAGCUGCCAGCCGAGCCAGUCGCCGACGGGCCGUGGAGCCUCGUCGUGCACUGCCAAGGCGCGCCGGCCACGGACGAGACGCGUGAAGAUGCGCGGACCUUAUCGCUCGACCUCCCCGCCGGCAAAAAGGGCGCACGGCUGCUCCGCACGGUUCUUCCUGGCGCCAUCGCAACCAUCACUCGCUCGCUGCUGCGAAGGGCCGCGACGGACCGCAAGGUGCUCAUCACCAGCACGAGCGACGCCUCCCUUCCCGGCUCCAUCGCGCUCGCACUGCUUGCCGCCUCGUUCACCAGCGAUGGCCGCUUCGUGCCCGACAUCGCGCCGGACAGCAUGGAUCACGCAGCACGACUCGAAGCGCACCGCAAGGCGCUCACCAAGGCAGACGCCAGGCGCUGUCUGCAGUGGCUCGUCUCGAGUGCACCCGACUUCACGCCCUCUCGCGGACACCUGCUGCGUGUUCACGACGCGGUCCUGCCGACGCCAGAUGGCGUCCGUGGCUCGGCGGGCGCGCAGCUUGAGCUGAGCACGCAAUAGCUAUACCCUAGAGACCUGGCUGUGCGAGCGAGGAAUGGUAGACGACCGAUGGCGUGAGCCCUCUGCACGAUUCGCCGAGCUGGCACGCGCCGUCGUCAAGGCGGCUCUGCACGUGUCCAUCGAGCGGACUGCCGUACAGCCGCCACACGCGUGGGAACAGCAGAGACGGCGAUGCAGCGUGUUCGGACCCUGGGCUGGGUGCUACAGACGUGCUUCAGCAGGGCAUGUACAGGGCGAGGUAUGAGGAUUCAAGUGC